AUGCCAGCUGUCCCACCAACAACUACGCUUGAAGAAUGUAAAAAAACCAAAGCAACAUUAGACAAUCCUGCAAAAGGCAUAUAUCCCAAUUCUGAAACUGGCAUUGCAAACGAUGUGUUCACGUCCGAUGGCUGGUCACCUGGGACUGGGAAAAAGGAAAUAUUGAAUCUUGUUCUGGAUUCUCAGAGUGAUGCUGUUCUAGAACGAAUUGAAUUUGUUGUGAGGAAUGCUUCUGGUACCACACUGGAGUUAAAUGUUAAUACAAAGGAGUCUACAAACAAUUUUCUGACAGUGAUAGUUUCUAAGGAUCCAUUUACAUAUGCGCAACCGUUCAACGAUAAUUUCUCUGUAAUCAACAUAGCAUCACAAGGCAUCAUUUCCAACCUGAAACUUGAUGUUUGCUACACACCUAUAGAAGUAACUACUCCUGUUAGUAAGACAACUACUACUGUAGCCCCAACUACAUCCACAACACCUAAAGCCAAAGAAUGUGAAGAAGGAGUACGUUUGUCAGAUGCACAUUUAGAGUAUGUAAAAAACAUCACAAGAGACAAUAUCACUACAGAAGAUGGAAAGGACAUUAUAGCUGUUCAACUCCGGCCUUCUUCCAUUGUCAAAACUCUAAAUGUAACAGAGUUAUUGUUUCGGCUCAACUUAAUUGACAGUAUGAAUAUCACAAUUUUUAAACGAAAUGGCAGCUCAGUUUCAGAAGUGGUUGAUACUAAAAACAAAACACUAGCAGAAAUGAUUGUGUAUAACCCAGUUGAUGGGAAUGAUGUCCAUUCUAUUCUUAUUGAAUUCUACACACAGAAGCUAAACUUAGCAGGGGCUACAUUUUCAGGUGCAAGUGGUUGUGUUACAGAAGAGACUACAACAUUGACAACACCAUCAUCAUGGUUCACAACACCAAAAGAAUGUGAGGAAGGUACUCAGUUAGUUGUGGACAAUCACCUGAGACCUGUGACUAAAAUAACAGAAGAGACACCAAAAGAAGGAAGAGACUUUCUUGAAUUUCAACUUCACACUUCACUUCAAGUUAAAACAUUAAAUGUGUCUGAACUGAUGUUUCAUCUUAGCUUUAUUGACUCUAUGAAUGUAACAAUUAUCAAACGAAAUGGCAGAGUUGUUUCUGAAGUGGUUGAUAUUAAAAACAAAACAUACAAGGAUACAAUAAUUUAUAAGCCUUUUGAUGGAAAUGAUAUAAAUAUUAUUAACAUUGUAUUCUACUUUGAUGAACCCAAUCGAAACCUGUCACGUGUCAGCUAUGUAGGAGCCAAAGGUUGUGGUACAGUGACGAACUGCAGUUUAGGAUAUUGUAAUGGUACAUGCUUAGACCAGUAUGACAAUUUAUGCCUAUCACCAUGUCCUUCUUUAGACUGUUAUACCACACCAAAAACCACAUCAACAGUUAUUAUUACACCAACCCUUACAUCAUCUCCAACAUCUAUUUCAACACCAAUUUCAGUACCAACACCAACUUCUGUACCAACAACAACAUCUGUUCCUCCAGGAACAUAUACAACAACAACAGUCACAACCCCUGAACCUCCACCAACAUCUUUGCCUACACCAACAUCUAUUCCAACACCAACAUCUGAACUUACACCAACAUCAGUCCCAACACCGACGUCAGUCCCAACACCGACGUCAGUCCCAACACCAACAUCAGUCCCAACACCGACAUCAGUACCUACACCAACAUCUGAACUUACACCGACAUCACUACCUACACCAACAUCUGUACUGACACCAACAUCAGUCCCAACACCGACGUCAGUCCCAACACAAACAUCAGUCCCAACACCAACAUCAGUCCCAACAUCAACAUCAAUUCCAACAUCAAAACCAACACCAACAUCAGUACCUACACCAACAUCUGAACUUACACCUACAUCACUACCUACACCAACAUCCGAACUGACAACAACAUCAGUGCCAACACCAACAUCUGAACUUACACCAACAUCACUACCUACAACAACAUCUGAACUGACACCAACAUCAGCUCCAACACCAAUAUCAGUCCCAACAUCAACAUCAAAUCUAACAUCAAAACCAACACCAACAUCAGUCCCAACACCAACAUCAGUCCCAAAACCAACAUCACUACCUACACCAACAUCACUACCUACACCAACAUCCGAACUGACACCAACAUCAGUCCCAACACCAACAUCAGUCCCAACACCAACAUCACUACCUACACCAACAUCCGAACUAACACCAACAUCAGUACCAACACCAACAUCAUCCCAACACCGACCUCCAACAUCAGUACCAACACCUACAUCAGUUCCAACCCCAACAUCUGAACUGACACCAACAUCAGCAUUAACACCAACAUCUGAACUUACACCAACAUCAGUACCUACACCAACAUCUGAACUUACAACAACAUCAGCUCCAACACCAACAUCCAAACUGACACCAACAUCAAUGCCAACACCAACAUCUGAACUUACACCAACAUCACUACCUACACCAACAUCUGAACUGACACCAACAUCAGCUCCAACACCAACAUCAGCUCCAACUUCAGUGCCAACACCAACAUCAGUACCAACCCCAACAUCUAAACUGACACCAACAUCAGCACCAACACCAACAUCUAAACUGACACCAACAUCAGCUCCAACACCAACAUCAAUUCCAACACCAACAUCUAUUCCUCCUGGAACAUAUACCACAACAACAACCACAACUCCUAAACCUCCACCAACAUCUUUACCUACACCAACCUCUAUUCCAACUCCAACAUCAGCUCCAACACCAACCUCUAAACUUACACCAACAUCAGCUCCAACAUCAGUACCAACACCUACAUCAGUUCCAACCCCAACAUCUGAACUGACACCAACAUCAGCAUUAACACCAACAUCUGAACUUACACCAACAUCAGUACCAACACCAACAUCUGAACUUACAACAACAUCAGCUCCAACACCAACAUCCAAACUGACACCAACAUCAAUGCCAACACCAACAUCUGAACUUACACCAACAUCACUACCUACACCAACAUCUGAACUGACACCAACAUCAGCUCCAACACCAACAUCAAUUCCAACACCAACAUCUAUUCCUCCUGGAACAUAUACCACAACAACAACCACAACUCCUGAACCUCCACCAACAUCUUUACCUACACCAACCUCUAUUCCAACUCCAACAUCAGUACCAACACCUACAUCUGAACUGACACCAACAUCAGCUCCAACACCAACAUCAGUCCCAACACCAACCUCUCAAAUUACACCUACAUCAGUACCAACUCCUACAUCUGAACUGACACCAACAUCAGCUCCAACAUCAGUGCCAACACCAACAUCUUUCCAAACUCCAACAUCUGAACUGACACCAACAUCAGCUCCAACACCAACAUCAGCUCCAACUUCAGUGCCAACACAAACAUCAGUACCAACUCCUAAAUCAGUUCCAACACCAACAUCUGAGCUUACACCAACAUCAGUACCUACACCAACAUCUGAACUUACACCAACAUCCGAACUGACUUCAACAUCAGUCCCAACACCAACAUCAGUCCCCACACCAACAUCACUACCUACACCAACAUCCGAACUGACACCAACAUCAGUGCCAACACCAACAUCUGAACUUACACCAACAUCAGUACCUACACCAACAUCUGAACUGACACCAACAUCAGCUCUAACACCAAUAUCAGUCCCAACAUCAACAUCAAAUCCAACAUCAAAACCAACACCAACAUCAGUCCCAACACCAACAUCAGUCCCAACACCAACAUCACUACCUACACCAACAUCCGAACUGACACCAACAUCAGUCCCAACACCAACAUCAGUCCCAACACCAACAUCACUACCUACACCAACAUCCGAACUAACACCAACAUCAGUACCAACACGAACAUCAGUACCUACACCAACAUCUGAACUGACACCAACAUCAGUGCCAACACCAACAUCUGAACUGACACCAACAUCACUACCUACACCAACAUCUGAACUGACACCAACAUCAGUCCCAACACCGACGUCAUUGCCAACACCAACCUCUGAACUUACACCAACAUCUGCUCCAACACCAACAUCAAUUCCAAUUCCAACACCAACAUCUAUUCCUCCAGGAACAUAUACCACAACAACAGUUACAACUCUUGAACCUCCACCAACAUCUUUGCCUACACCAACAUCUUAUCCUACACCAACAUCGGAACUUACACCAACAUCUGUUCCUACACCAACUUCUGAACUUACACCAACAUCAGUCCAAACACCAACAUCAGUCUCAACAUCAACAUCAGUGCCAAAACCAACAUCUGAACUUACACCAACAUCACUAUCUACACCAACAUCCGAACUGACACCAACAACAGUUCCAACACCGACGUCAUUGCCAACACCAACAUCAGUCCCAACACCGACAUCAGUACCUACACCAACAUCCGAACUUACACCAACAUCACUACCUACACCAACAUCCGAACUGACACCAACAUCAGUUCCAACACCGACGUCAUUGCCAACACCAACAUCAGUCCCAACACCGACAUCAGUACCUACACCAACAUCUGAACUUACACCGACAUCACUACCUACACCAACAUCUGUACUGACACCAACAUCAGUUCCAACACCGACACUGACACCAACAUCAGUGCCAACACCAACUUCUGAACUGACACCAACAUCAGUACCUACACCAACAUCUGAACUUACACCAACAUCAGUACCUACAUUGACAUCUGAACAGACACCAACAUUACUACCUACACCAACAUCUGAACUGACACCAACUACAGUCUCAACACCGACGUCAGUGCCAACGCCAACAUCAGUUCCAACACCAACAUCUGAACUUACACCAACAUCUAUUCCAACACCAACAUCAGUCCCUACACCAACCUCUGAACUUACACCUACAUCAGUACCAACUCCUACAUCUGAACUGACACCAACAUCAGCUCCAACACCAACAUCAGUACUAACACCAACAUCUGAACUGACACCAACAUCAGCUCCAACAUCAGUGCCAACACCAACAUCUUUCCAAACUCCAAUAUCUGAACUUACACCAACAUCAGUCUCCAACACCAACAUCAGCUCCAUCUUCUGUGCCAACACAAACAUCAGUACCAACACCUACAUCUGUUACAACCCCAACAUCUGA